UAACCCCGGCUUCCCUGGCAACCGAGCAGGUGCCAGCCCUACCCAUCCGCAUCCUCUGGGACAGCCACCGCCCGGGAUGCCGCUGCUCGUUAGCGAUUACAACUGGCAGCAGACGAAGACUGCGGUGUUCAUCUCCGUGCCUCUGCGAGGCGUCUGCGUCAGGGACGCGGACGUGUUCUGCACAGAAAACUAUCUGAAGGUCAACUUUUCUCCAUUUUUAUUUGAAGUGUUUCUCUACGCGCCCAUAGACGAUGAAAACAGCAAAGCCAAGAUUGGGAAUGACACUAUUGUAUUCACCUUAUAUAAAAAAGAAGCGGCCAUGUGGGAGACCCUUUCUGUGUCAGGUGUUGACAAAGAGAUGAUGCAAAGAAUAAGGGAGAAAUCUAUUUUACAAGCACAAAAAAGAGCAAAAGAAGCUACAGAAGCAAAAGCUACAGCAAGACGAGAAGAUCAAAAAUAUGCACUAAAUGUUAUGAUGAAGAUUGAAGAAGAAGAGAGGAAAAAAAUAGAAGAUAUGAAAGAAAAGGAACGAAUAAAAGCAACUAAAGAAUUGGAAGCCUGGAAAGAAUGUCAAAGAAAAGCUGAAGAACAAAAAAGAAUUCAGAGAGAUGAGAAAUUUUGUGAACAAGGAAAGAAAAUUGAAGAAGAGAGAAACAAAUUAAAACAUAAGAGCCUUACUAAAAUUUCGGAAUCUAGAAAUCUUGCCACGAAAGGAAGAAAUUCAGAAAAUAUAUUUUUGGAGAAGUUAAAGGAAGAUAGUAUUCCUGCUCCUCGCUCUAUUGGCAGUAUUAAAAUCAACUUUACCCCUCGAGUAUUUCCAACUGCUCUUCGAGAAUCACAAGUAGCAGAAGAAGAGGAGUGGUUACACAAACAAGCAGAGGCACGAAGAGCACUGAAUACUGAUAUUCCUGAACUUUUUGAUUUAAAAGAAGAAGAAAAGAACCCAGAAUGGCUAAAGGACAAAGGAAACAAAUUGUUUGCAACAGAAAACUACUUGGCAGCUAUUAAUGCAUACAACUUAGCCAUAAGACUAAAUAACAAGAUUCCACUGUUAUAUUUGAAUCGUGCUGCUUGCCACCUAAAACUAAAAAACUUACACAAGGCCAUUGAAGAUUCUUCUAAGGCACUAGAAUUAUUGACACCACCUGUUCCAGACAAUGCUAAUGGAAGAAUUAAGGCAUAUAUACGACGUGGGACAGCAUUCUGUCAACUAGAAUUGUACAUAGAAGGCCUACAGGAUUAUGAAGCUGCCCUUAAGAUUGAUCCAUCCAACAAAAUUGUACAAAAUGAUGCUGAGAAGAUUCGGAAAAUAAUUCAAGGAACAGAAGUAAAAUCUUAAUGACUGCUGAAGCAACUAGGUACCUCAAUGCAUAUGGAUGAUGUUCCAGGAUUCAGUUCUGAAGUUUGCAGGUUAAUAACACUACAUUGGUAUAGUACAGUUUACUAAUACUUCAUAUUCAUAAUCUUGAAGGGAGGUGGCAAAGCUGGAAGUAGAACUCAUCAGAUCUUGCUACUACUUUUUUCGUUGCCUAUUAAUUUGUUUUAAACAUCAAGAGCAGACAUUGGAUAAUAAUAGGAAGUCACCAGAAUCGAAUGGUAUCUCUCAACAGAUCAGCUUUUCUCAAAGUCUAGGUUUCUGGAGCAGAGGGAAAGCUUCUUGAGUGGAAGGUGGCUGCCCUAUGACUUGUAGGAAAAAGUACCAACCCUAACUUACUUUAUGGACACCCAGUCAGGUUGCCAGGGCAACCUCAGUCACAGAGGGACUCUCUUUCAUCAAUCACCUUCUACUACAUUCUGGUUAUCUUUGGCCCAAAAUGGAAUACAGUAAACCAAAUCUAGCCAAAACAGAAGACGAAUUAGCUGAUAAACUCUGUUAGCAUAAUUUGUACCACACAAUCUGGAAAUGUGUCUACCAGAAUCUUUCUGACUUCCAGGAUAAU